GAUGGCCUUCUACAUCGUAUCAAAUCGCUUCAAGACGAGCUGGGCGAGAAACAACACACGGUUGACCGACAACUCACGGAGAUCGACGAUCAAAAGCACGCAUAUGAAAGCGAGAUCAACAGACUCAAGUCUGAGUUGGCGGCACUCGAGGCAAAAUAUCAGAACGAGCUCGAAGAUGAGCGAGAUCAACAUCAACACGAUGCUGACGUGCUCAAGGCCACAGAAGAAGAGUUGCGUACGAAGAUCACGCUUCUCGAGACCAAACUUGAGGCUGCGAAUGAUCGCGAGAAGAAUUUGCACAAUGAGAUUGCCGAAUGGGAGGAUAAAUACGACUCGGUGAAUAAAGAGCUGCAAAAAGUCAGAGACGAGCUGGACGUAGUCAGAAGUGACUCCGAGAAGAUCAAUUACAGCAAUCCAGACAGGCCUCAGCGUCUGAAAAGUGAGACCAUAGUUCAAAAGGAACCCAUCAAGUUCAAGAAGCUAUCAGAUCCGUGCGGAAUGAAGCACGAGUUAAUUGCGAGUUAA